AUGGGUAACGGUGCCAAGGCCAACAUGAAGCGCGAGCGCAACGCGAAAGCGGGAAAGGCUGAUCCUAAGUCUCAAAAGAAGACUAACGAGAAAGCCAUGAGCAUCCAAUGCCAGACCUGCAAGCAAACUUUCCUUCAGACCACCAAGGCGCCUGCUCUCCUCGAGCACGCCUCCAACAAGCACAGCAAGGGCUUGGCCGACUGCUUCCCUGGUGUCACUGCAUAG